AUGGGCAACGCCUCUGCCAAGAAGGACACUCAGCAGGAGGACGUGAAAGACUUCCUAGCCAGAGCCAAAGAAGAUUUCCUCUACAGAUGGGAACACCCCGUUCAGAGCACCUCUAGCUCAGAUCAGUUUGAACUGCUCAAGACGCUGGGCACCAGCUCCUUCGGGCGGGUGGUGCGGGUGAGGUACCGGGAGAGCGGCGGCCACAACACCGUGAAGAUACUCAACAAACAGAAGGUGGUGAAGCUGAAGCAGGUCGAGCACGUCCUGAACGGGAAGCGCAUCCUGCAGGCGAUCAACUUUCCGUUCCUCGUCAAGCUCCAGUUCUCCUUCAGGAACAACUCCAACCUGUACCUGGUGAUGGAGUUCGUGUCGGGUGGGGGGAUGUUCUCCCACCUAUGGUGCAUCGGAAGGUUCAGAGAGCCCCAUGCCUGUUUCUAUGGCCAGAUCAUCCUGGCCUUCCAGUACCUGCACUCGCUCGACCUCAUCCACCGCGACCUGAAGACCGAGAACCUCCUCAUCGACCUGCAGGGCUACCUGAAGGUAAGGGACUUCGGUUUCGCCAAGCAUAUGAGGGGCCGCACUUGGACCCUGUGCGGGACCCCCGAGGACCUGGCCCCCGAGAUAAUCCUGAGCAAAGGCUACAACAAGGCCAUGGACUGGUGGGCCCUGGGGGUGCUCACCUAUGAGAUGGCCGUGGGUUUCCUGCCCUUCUACGCUGACCAGCCAAUCCAGAUCUACGAGAAGAUCGUCUCUGGGAAGGUGCGGUUCCCCUCCCACGUCAACUCUGACCUCAAAGAGCUGCUGCGGAGCCUGCUGCAGGUGGACCUCACCAAGCACUUCAAGAACCUUCGGAAUGGGGUCAGCGACAUCAAGAACCACAAGUGGUUCGCCACAACCAAGUGGAUCGCCAUCUAUGAGAAGAAGGUGGAAGCUCUCUUCAUCCCAAAGUUCACAGGUCCUGGGGAUGCCAGGAACUUUGACAACUAUGAGGAGGAAGAGAUCCGGAUCUCCAUCAACGAGAAGUGUGCCAACGAGUUUUCUGAGUUUUAG